UGAUGUUAUAGGGGUUUUCUUUUUAGCUAUGAGGGAAAACUCUCAGUUUGAACUCUACACGACAUGAACACAACCAAACAGAAAAACAAAUUUAAGCACUCAUUUUGUUAUUUGUUCUGACCCAGGAUGCCCAAAUAUCCUUAUAGCUUAGGACCUGUAAAACAGAGUUCCAAAAUUAAUUUGACGCAGCGACAAACUGCAAAAAGCACAGUAGUCCCGUUAGGCAGUUACCAUAGGGCUGAAAGCUACAUUGAAUCAGGGUUGAGAGAAAAGAUAAAAUCAUUAAAAGAAGGGAAGGCUUCGACAAUAAUACCCCUGCUUUCCCAAAGGCUGAGUGUCAUCGAACAGGAACUUAGAUCGAUCAAAAGUCAGCUCAACGAAGCCAAUCACUUAAUAAAGGAAAAAGAUUCCGAGAUAAACUACCUCAGAGCGCGGUUAGCUCAAGAGAACAAAAACUCAGUAAUUAACAAUGGACAACCUAAACUGUCUGAUGAGGCCAAGAAUGAAAAGGCGAAAGCUAAAAGUUUUGACACGAGUAAAGAGCGUUCCAUAAAAAAUGGUGAAUCAUCAAGCCCGAAUAAAGAACAAAGACAACAAAAAGGAGAAAUUCCACAUUCCGUAAGAAAUGGCGAGUCAUCAAGCCCAAAUAAAGAACCAAGAGAUGCACAAAUCAAAGGGGAAAGUCCUCGUUCCAUCAAAAAUGGUGAGUCAUCAAGUCCAAAUAAAGAACCAAGAGAUCUACAAGUCAAAGGGGAAAGUCCUCGUUCCAUAAGAAAUGGCGAGUCAUCAAGUCCAAAUAAAGAGCCAAGAGUUCUACAAGUCAAAGGGGAAAGUCCUCGUUCCAUAAGAAAUGGCGAGUCAUCAAGCCCAAAUAAAGAACAAAGAGAUCCAGAAGUCAAAGGAGAAAGUCCAAGUUCCAGGAAACACAGUCGGUCUUCAAGCCCAAAGAACGGACAAAGAGAUCCUCAAAUGAACAAGGAACGUCCUGUGUCAAGGAAAGGGCCAUGCAAUCCAAAUGUUGCUAUUGUAAGACCAGGGUCACACAAAGCAGAAUAUAAAGAUUUAAGAAACGGCCAGUUAACUGAUGUCGAUUGUGACGAACCAGAUAGUUCUACAUCAUCAGACUCUAGCCGAAUACAAAACUUGGAAAAAGAAAAUCAACAGUUGCAACAGAAAAUUUCAGAACUGGAGAAGUUCAUCGGCGAGUAUGGUUUGAUGUGGGUCGGAGACAAAGCGCUGACUGAAGAAAAUGUUUCACGACCGGGCACGUCUGAAAAUCUAUCACAAGGAAUGACAACUAUAAAAUCCAGGGCUGAGGUCAAAUUAAAUUUUAACCUUGACAAUGCAAUCACUGUGAUAUCAGAACUUAAUCAAAGUGUGCCUGAACAAAACAUCGUAAAGUCCCCAUUUGGAGCAAAAUUUCAGAAAUGUGACAUUCUGGAAUUGAAAUUGUACGCUGAUGGAAUGAAAUUAGAAGAUAACCCUUUUAGAAAAUACGACACUCCUUCAGCAGAAGCUUUCUUCAAAGAUUUAGAAGAUGGUUAUUUUCCAAGCGAAUUGAAAUCCAGGCAUCCACAAGGAGUUAUUUUUAAAGUUGUUGAUAAUAGACAAUGUACUUAUGAAGAAUCCAAUGAAGAUAUAAAGCCUACACCUUUUGCUGGAAAAGGAUUUAGACUAGGAGGUGAAGAUAAAAUUUCUGUGUCCAAUGAAUCAGAUGAUACUGACUUUACAGAUAAUUCAAAGCAAGAAAAUAGAGAUUCUAAUAACUCCAAAGGCAAGAGCAAAAAGAAAACCUCUGACAAAGAGCAAUUCGUGCCAAAAAAAGUAGCCAAAAAUAUAAAAGAACAAAAUCAUAAAAACAGUCCAAGCCCGAAAUCUCAUGGUUCGCCUGAUUCCAUCGUUCGAACGGGAAUGACAGAAAAUAUGGCAAAUAGAAAGUUAUCGCAUACCACGAAUGUUAAAAAUGGGAAACACAACCGCGAUUUAGGUGAAUCUAGUAUUGCGUCUGAUCAGUCUGAACUGAAAGAGUAUUGGGUGAAUAAACAUCCGCCACGCCCUAGCACAAAUGUAAUACUCAACGAUAAUCCUCCUUCGAUUGAAAUGCCCAGCGUUCCGAUGGAAAUCAAUUUACCCCCGAGAGAAUCUUCAUCUCUACCGCCAACAUUCACUCAAGCUGUUCCGUUUAAAAUGCAAGAGGAAGUCCCAUUAAAGCCCUCGGUUUCUACAGUGCGUCCAUUCUCUUCAAACGGGCCGAGAGUGCCAACCGAGCCCAAAGUGCAAAUUGAACAGCCGAACCAAGCAGAUACAGACAAUUGGAAAAAUCGUGCGCCAAUAAAUAUAACAAAUAUUACAUAUCAUGAAGCGCCAGUAACGUAUCAGAUUGGUGGAGAUGAUCGUUGCAUGCAUACAAUACGACCAAAUGUAAAUGUCAGACCGGAAAUACCAGCAGCUUGUAAAUGCGGUCAUACACAACCAAAAAGGCCUCAAAGAAAUGAGACUUGUCCUGGAACAUGUGGCAAAGUUGGAGUUACUCAACAACCAUCAAUGAAUGUUAUGUGUCCUUGUGAUUGUGGUGGUCAAGCUGACUUGCAUCUUCAGCUUCCUGAUAAACCUAAAACACCUACUACCCCAGUUAAUGAAGGUUACUUGCAACCCAUAAAAUUUAAAGGAAGGACUGAAUACGAAGAUAAUUAUUCAAGGUCGGCUUUGUUUCGGCUUAACAAUCUCCCACAAGUCCAGUCGACCAUGGACAGCGUCCGACCUGCAGGGGUGCCUUCGUCCACGCCCCGUCAAAAAAUAGAUCCGUACGAAAAGUUUGAACAUUUCACAUAUUUGGGCCGUCCCAAAGACGAUGCAGCACAUCUUACACAAAGUGUGUCAGUGCCAAGACCAGCACCAAUUGAAAUGAAUAAAAAGACGUCAGACUCAAUGAUAACUAUUAAACUCUUCUCAGAGCAAAACAAUAAAACAUACGUAAUUCAUUUGCAUCCUAAUGAACCUGUAAGUAAAAUAUGGUCAAUUCUCAAAAUGGAUGGAAAAAAAUACGAGAUGAUCAAUGAAAAUGAUGGCAAACCCGUUAUCCUGAUCGAUCAAGAGACUUUCGACAAACAAAACAUCAAAAACAAUGAUGUUAUAACAGUUCGUAGAAGCAUUCCAAAUCAAGAAAAGAUAAAAAAGAGUCAGUCAUUAAUGUCAGAACGUAAUAAGAAAAGGCGUAGCACUGUAGAUUCCCUUGCAGUAAAUGUUAGACACGUUUCUAGUGAAUCUGAACUGAGAAAAUCAUAUCGUUCGGAUGACAACACAUCUCCAUUCUCGGGUUUUUCAUACGAUUCAAAAAGCAAAAAUUCUCAAGCCUCUCAAAAAUUGAGCGAAGGAAAUGAAAGGCCAUCUUUAGUCCCGAUGAAAAAUCCCCAAGAAGAUACCAAUGACGAGAACAAGAGAAAAUCUCAAAUCCGUAGAAAAUCGUAUGACGCACAAGAAAGACCAUCUAUAAUCUCAAAGAAAACAUAUCCGUACAAUCCUGAAGAAGAUGGCAUCACUGAAAACAGAAAAAAACCAAAUCUCAAUCAAAUCGCUAGAAAUAAAUCUAAGCAGGUGAGCAUUUCUGAAGCUGGUAAUAAAAAGGACUUAGAUCAUUUUAUUCCCUUCAAGUUACCUACUGGUGUAACAUUAGGUGACUCUAAAGACAGCAGUGACGAUGGGGAAGAACGACGGAUUGCAACUCGUAGAGAAGCCGAGGAAAAAAUGGCGGAUAAGUAUGACCAAUUUUUAAACCCAAAGAAAAAAUUUCCAAUUAAAGUAUCACCAACUGAUUCAAAGCAAAGUAUUUUAAAAUUAGAAAACAAGCCAGAAACAAGUCGUAAAAAAUCAGCAUCUUUCUCUGUUGCAAAACAGGACAUCCCCUUGGAAAAAGAUAGCAAAGAAAGAGAAACCCCCGACAGAAAAAAAUCAGAGGUUGAAAAAGAAUUGAUUAAUUCUCAAUCGGUAAGACGGAAAACUAUUUCAGAUGAAAACAUUGAUGAAAAAGUAAUGAGCCCUCCUAAAGCAAAAAUGACAACACCUGAAAGUUCACCAAAAACACCAAGCCCAGACCCACUGAAAAAUAGGAAACCUAGUGAAUCACCUCCUGUCAAAAAAGUUGAAAGCACAAUAGAAGACAAAACAUCCAAGGAUUCUUCAGUCUCUGACAGUUCCAAGCAGUCAUCUAAAAGUAAAUCGCCGAAAGAAAAAUUAAGCCCUGAUUAUAAUAAAAUAAAAAUGCCUGACAAUAAAUCAAAGGGAAAAGAAAAACAAACUCCAAAGAAAGGGCCUGCUCGAAAGUAAAAAAAAAACAACAUAAUUUUGGUUGGUUCAAAAAGAUAACACUCAGUUAUUAAGGAAUGGUAGGAACUCCCAGAAAGUAGAAUAUAAUACUUCCGUUUAACUGGUGAAUCUGUGUGGAUAAUAUGGUAUCUCUGAUUCAGAACAAAUAAUAAAAUGAAUUUUACACUGA